UGCAACGAUCAAUAAACACGAUGUUGUGCACCAAUUUGUAUCUUUUAGAAUGCUAGCGAAAACCGACUGAGGCUGAAGUGCGAUGUCACAAUGUGAUUCAUUUCACCAAACAUGAAAAGCGUGAUACUCCGCUCGCUGGGCCUAUUGCUGAUCUGGCAAGAUUUGGAAGUCAGCAGCACAUGCCCAACAAACUGUAGCUGUUUUACAUCGUUCAGCUACGUGGCCUGCGCCGGACAAACCUACAGCACCAUUCCAGACAACAUACCCACCGACACGGAAACUCUGAAACUCGUGCACAACGAACUAGUCGAGCUUGAUCUGCCUGCACUGUACCCCUUGACCGGCCUUAAAGUGUUAGAUGUGAGAGGAAAUGGCAUCAUAGCCAUACACGGCUCCUUUGAAAAUUUCCCUUUUCUUCGAGAGGUCUACUUGGGGCAAAACAAUCUCUCUACCAUUUCACCUGAAACCUUUGGCAACAUAUUUCAACAGUUAAAGUACAUAGAUUUGACCGGAAAUCCUUUCAAUUGCCAAUGCAUUAGCCCAUAUAAAUGCUUUAAAAACGACACAACCUCCGAGUCAGAGUGUGAUAUCCUGUGGCUUCAGAGACAGGUUCACAAGAACCCGGACCGUGUCGGUAGAAAGGUUCUCUGUCAAAGUCCUGAUGACCUCCGCGGUCAGUUCUUGGACUACGUGAACAUUUCCGAGCCCAAAUGCAAUGAUGGAAAUACCGACAAGGUUUACUCCAGAACCCUCGAUUUAAAUUUAUUGUCUACAACAGCGUAUACAGUUUAUGCAGUUGUAGCUGCUGUUAUUGUCCUUGUGACAUUUGUCCAUAACACACGUAACUGGGCUACCAGGCAUAGGCGAAAAUGUCAGUCUCCGCUCGACGACCUAAGCAGCCGGGUCGACGAUGCAAACAGAACCGACGUUGAUAUGGAUGAAAUGUCUCCUGAGAUCAGCGGGCCAGCAUACGACAGAAAUGCCGAUCGCGCUGAGCAGCACACAGAUGACGACAAUGAGACUAAAUUAACCCCUGUUGUACAACCUACUUCAGCCAGGAAGACAACACGACCACGAUGCGGCCACUAGACCCGAAAACACAGUUAUCACUGACCCAGGGACUAGAGAGGGAGUUGAAAACCAUAAAAGGCAACCUCGUCGCUAUCGAACAACCUCAAUAAAUUCUUCAUUUGUGUGUGACAUAAAUUCAUAAAAUGGGAUCAUUGAAUUCAUUCCUCAGAGAAGGAUAAGACUGUUUAUAUUUAUAUGUUUAUAUUUUCCCAAUUUAAAUAACAUCCACUUGUUCGGCUGUAAAUAGUUGCCACUUUUGAUUGUGUAUAUAAAACUCAAUAG